AUGUAUAGUUGUUGUUGUUCAGUAUUCAACUGGACAGGCACACACAACGUAGCAAGAGUAUCCAAAGCCGGUUUCAACAACUGCAUUUCGUCGAACGCCAUUGAUACAAUCCAAGGUACAAGCCCAUACAACAUCACUCUCUCUUCCAACGAGACUUACUACUUCAUCUGCGGCGUCGGUCCUCCCUGCACUUUGGGCCAGAAAGUCUCCAUCUCCGUCGGCAAUAGCAGCGCCGCCGCCAGCAACGCCGGACCUCCGCCGCUCACCACCGCAGGAGCAGCAGCGUUUUGGGCAGUGGUGGUGGGUCUGCUGGCCGUGUCUCUUUCAUCAUAA